CAAUCACACCAUUGCAAUUGAGUGCAUCGAGUCAAUGCCUUAUGCCAUUGACCAACGCCAACCUGCUGUUGCUGCCAAUUUCAGCAGAGAUCGAGUCAGUUGAAUAGAUGUUGCAUCCGUGUUUGUGUCGUCGUUGAACAAAAUUGAAUAAAUAAAAAAUAGUGCCGCGAUGCAGUCUCGGUUGUUUUGCUGCUCACAAAACUAAUAUGGCGUCGCUAUUUAUCAUUUAGUUAUCAUUCAUUACAUGAACGUUUCAUCGUGAUCACAUCCGAGUGAGUCAUAAACCAACAUAGCAAUGACAUUUUUAUAGCACACAGUGUGAAUACGUUUUAAAAACGUCUCUAAAGGACUGGAUAGUGUAAUUUUUAUCACAAUAAUGCGCGAAUUCAAAGUAGUUGUGCUGGGUUCGGGUGGGGUCGGUAAAAGUGCUCUAACAGUGCAGUUUGUGUCUGGAUGUUUUAUGGAAAAGUACGACCCCACUAUUGAAGAUUUCUACAGGAAAGAAAUCGAAGUAGAUAAUUCUCCGUGUGUAUUAGAAAUAUUGGAUACAGCAGGCACAGAACAAUUCGCAUCGAUGCGUGACCUGUAUAUAAAAAAUGGCCAAGGUUUUGUAGUAGUAUAUUCUUUAACAAAUCACCAAACAUUUCAAGAUAUUAAACCCAUGAAGGAAUUGAUUACCCGUGUGAAGGGUUCAGAACGAGUGCCUAUAUUGUUAGUUGGCAACAAGGCAGAUUUAGAACAUCAACGCGAAGUUUCGCAAGCCGAGGGUUCGGCUCUCGCUCAAAUGUGGGGCUGCCCUUUCGUAGAGGCUUCGGCGAAAAGCCGUACAAAUGUCAACGAAAUGUUUGCGGAAAUAGUGCGUGAAAUGAACGUUAGCCCUGAAAAGGAAAAGAAACCUUAUUGUUGUUGUACAGUGCUUUAAUAAUUAGUGCGUAAUGUGGCAUUUAUUUCUCGUAAGACUGCAAGGGCGAGGUGGAUGUGUGCUCUCGUCAGCUGGAGGCCCGAGGGCCGCCGGGCGCCCGUCAGCCUGCUGCAGCCUGGAGCGGCGCGGGCGGCAGAUCGCGGUGCGCGUCAUAUCAUCUUGUUAAUAUCUUUGAUACAUACCAUUGUCCAAUCGAGGUGCUUUAUCUUAUAUUUUCAUACUUUAGUACUGGUAGAACUCCCGCAAAAAUCAUAAUCCAAUGAAAAUUAAAGAGUUUCAGUGAAAUUGAUGGUCUAAAAUAAUUUUUUAUUGAGUCAAGUGCUGCAGUUGUCAUUUAAAAGCAGCAACAACAAUAAUAAAGAAUAAUGUAUUUUAAAUUAAUAUUAGUCGACUUUGUAUAUAUACAUAUUUCUAUGAGAUUAUGAAGGAAGGGCAUGGACGGUUGUAGAGAGUUUAAAGGCCAUCCAAAUAUGCAAUAAUCUUAUAAAUGAUUGUGAGUAGAGUGAAGUGAAUGAGUAAGUGUUUACACCUAAGUCAUUGCAAUUUGUGUUUUUAGUAAAUUAUGUUUAUAUGAAAAUCAGUAAUGGAAAUACAAACUAAAGAAUUGUCAAAUGCGUGAUUGUGUUUUAAAAGUCUACCAGGAUUUGUGAUAAUACAUAUAACAAAAUAUCUAUAAUAAAAGUUUUAAGUGGGAGAUAAA